AUGUGGAAGCGCAAAUUCUCCGCAGCCGGCGGAGAUGCUUCCGCCGAAUCUUCCGCCUCGCGCGGCCGUGGUGCGGGCGGGAGCGGAAGCGGAAGCAGCGGAUUCGGCUUCGUGCGCUCGGGGGGAAGCGAGUACACGCCGCCCGUGAAUCCAGCCGGCUCGUACGGCGGCUUCGGCGGCGGAGGAAGCUACGCCGGCUACCGCGGCGGCUCGGGUCGGCGGUCGCUGCCGGACGACGAGGACGACGAUAUAGCGGAUAUCGAAUACCGCGAUGACGGGGAUGGGGGCGCCACGACGGCUACUGGUUUCGGGGAAGGAGAAGACGACGAGGGAAACCGGCGUGCGGCGGCGGCGGAAGAGGAGGAGGAGGAUCCGCUCGACGCGUUCAUGUCGGGCAUCGAGCAGAAGGUGAAGGAGGACGCGGUCGCCGCCACUUCGCGCGCGGCGGCGGCGGCGGCGGGCGCGAAGGGCGGAGAAUCGGGGGAAGCCGCAAAGCCGGAGCGGGAGGACUGGCGCGCGGAGGAGGAGGAGGCGGAUCUGCUCGACUCGUUCCUGCGCGCGCGCAAGAGCGCGGGGCUGUCGGUGGCGGCGGAGGCUGUGAUGGGGCGCGGGUACGACUCGGACGAGGAGGUCUACGCCGCCGCGAAAGCCGUCGACGCCGCUGCCGCGGCCGCGGCCGCCGCCGGCGCUGCGGGCGGCGCGGCUGGGUCCGCAUUAGAGUACGACUCGGACGAUAACCCGAUAGUGGCUGACUCGGUAACGUCGUUAAAGAGCAAGAUGGACGCGCUAGGCCACGUAGACCACUCAGCGAUCGAGUACGACGAGUUCGAGAAGGAUUUCUACCAGGAGCAUCCUGACGUCACCGCCAUGUCAGCAGCCGACGUGGCGGCGCGGCUCGCGGCGCUCUCGAUCCGCACGUCGGGCUUCGAUGUGCCGCGGCCGAUCAGCGCGUUUGCGCACGCCGCGCUCCCCCCCGCGCUGAUGGGCGCAGUGCGCAAGCACGGCUACUCCGCGCCCACGCCCAUCCAGUCCGCCGCGCUCCCCGUCAUCCUCAGCGGCCGUGACGUCAUCGGCGUCGCGAAAACCGGCUCCGGAAAAACUGCCGCGUUCGUCCUCCCGCUGAUCGUCCACGCGGCGGACCAGCCGCGCGCGGGGCGCGGGGAGGGCCCGAUCGCGCUGAUCUGCGCGCCGACGCGCGAGCUGGCCGCGCAGAUCCACGCGGAGGCGCGGCGCUUCGCGAAACCCCUAAACCUCCGCGUGGCGGGCGUGUUCGGCGGGAUGUCGAAGUUCGAGCAGUUCAAGGAGCUCAAGGGGGGCGUGGAGGUGGUGGUGGCGACGCCCGGGCGGCUGAUCGACAUGCUCAAGAUGAAGGCGCUGUCGCUGCGACGCUGCACGUUCCUCGUUCUGGACGAGGCCGACAUGAUGUUCCACCUGGGCUUCGAACCUCAGGUGAGAGCCAUCGUGGGGCAGAUCCGUCCCGACCGCCAGACGCUGCUCUUCUCCGCCACCAUGCCGCGCCGCAUCGAGCGCCUCGCGCGCGACAUCCUUACGCACCCCGUGCGCAUCGCCGUGGGGGAGGUGGGCGCCGCCAACACGGACGUGCGGCAGCAGGUGGUGGUGCUGCCAGGGGACGACGCCAAGGUCCCUUGGCUGCUGGGGGAGCUGGGCACGCGCGUGGACGAGGGCGACGUGCUCGUGUUCGCCGGGACCAAGGCCAAGGUGGAUGUGGUCACCGCCGCUGUAGCCGCCGCGGGGUUCAAGGUCGGCGCGCUGCACGGGGAUCUGGACCAAUCGCGGCGCAGCGAGGUGGUGCGGCAGCUGAAGAAGGGCGAGCUGCACGUGGUGGUGGCGACUGACGUGGCGGCGAGGGGAUUAGACAUCCGGUCGAUUAAAACGGUUAUCAAUCUGGACAGUGCGCGGGACAUGGACGCGCAUGUGCAUAGAGUGGGGCGGACGGGCCGGGCGGGGGACACGGAUGGAGUGGCGAUUUCGGUGGUGACGGGGAAGGAGGCGCGGUUUGCAGGCGAGCUCGUGGGGUGUCUGGUGGCGGGCGGGCAGGAGGUGCCGGCUGAACUGCUCGAGCUGGCGAUGAAGCUUGUUACUCAAAGCACCUCCUCUCUUCCCUCCCUCCUUACCGUUCUUUCUCUCUACACCGUUCCUCCUCUCUUCCCUCUCGGCCCGCCACCCUUGCCCCUCACCAUCCACAGUGGUGCUACUGGUGGCAGCAGUGGGGGCAGCAGGGUGGGCACGCGAGCAGGGGCGGUGGAUGCACUGCGGGUGGGCAUGAUGGCCAAGUUCAAGUCCUCCUUUGUCGCUGCCUCCGCUCCCCACCCCCACGACCCUGUCCCCGACCUCCCUCUUCCUCCUCCGCCUCCCCCGCCUGCUCCUGCCGCCUCUCUGCCCGCUCCUCCACCUCCUGCUGCUGCUGCCCUUGCGGCACCACAAGCAGCAGUCGCAGCGCCAGCUUGGGGGGCGAGCGGUGGAGGUGGUGUUGCCGCUGCUGCUGGCGGCAGCAGCAUGGGGGCAGACGUGGUGGCCGCUGCGAUUGCAGCGGCGGCAGCCAAGGCUGCUGCCAUCGCUGCCAGCCUCGGCCUGCAGGCCCCCGGGGGGGUGGGUGGGGCAGCAGGCCUGGGAGGGGCAGCAGCGGGAGGGAUGGCAAUGGGAGGAGGGGCGACGGGGCCGGUUGCUGGCUUGGGUGCAGCUGCAGGAGGAGUUGAUGGUGUUGGGGAGGUGGGGGAUCGAGAGCGACACAACCGAAUCAUGGGGAUGUCGGGCUGCGAGAGCCGGGAGAGUGCAGCAGGGGGUUCGGAUGCUGAGCUGCGAGAAGUGUUGGGCUGA